UCUAUUACAUCACAUCCACAAUCGCUGGCCCACAUUCGCCUGCAAGUCUUUCCACUGAACACCAUUGGUCCAACUUUACCGAACAAAUUUAAUUUUUAAGUUAAAACAAAAUCACUAUCUCAUGAUUCAUUGUCACUGUCUGCCCGUCUCAAGAGAGAAGCUUGUGAGUCGCCACAAAUUACUGCGGCAGUUGUUGUAAUCUUAAUCUUGCUGAAUCAUCUCAUCUCAUGUUUCAUAUCAGACCUCUUCUACACCUCAACAAACUUUCUUCAACCCCAAAAAUAAAAUGUUACCUUCAUCUUCUCAAACCCCACUCUUUCAACUUCCUCUCCACCACCACCACCACCACCACCAUUUCAGAUUCAGAUAAAAAUUCUUUCACCAUAUCCUACCUCACUAACAAUUGUGGUAUAUCUCCACAAGAAGCUCUCAAAGCAUCAAAACGCAUCAAUUUCAACACCCCCAAAAAACCCAAUUUCGUCAUCGCCUUCUUCAAAACCCACGGUUUCUCCGAUGACCAGAUACAAUCCAUUAUAUGCAGGAAUCCUCAGCUCAUCCUCUCCAACCCCAUCAAAACUCUUCUCCCAAAGUUUCAAUUUUUAGCCUCCAAAGGCGCUUCUCCCACCGACAUAGUCGCCACUGUCACCGGAAGCCCCCAUUUCCUAAGAUCAAGCCUCAAACGCAUUAUUCAAACUUUUGAAUUAGUAAGAAGUUUCUGUCCGUCUGAUCAAAAAGCUAUUACUUCGAUCAUUUUCUGUCCAUCUUUCGUUUGUGAUAGUCGCAUGAAACCAAAUCCGAUCAUUUUCUGUCCAUCUUUCGUUUGUGAUAGUCGCAUGAAACCAAAUCUUCAAUUUUUAAUUGAUUUCGGUGUAACCCGUUCUUGUAUUUACCGUUUGCUUUGUUCUAGACCUUCUGUACUAUGUUCUAAUGAUUUGAGAAAAGCCAUUACUUCAAUCAUUAAGGAAUUAGGGUUUCACCCUUCCAAAAUCAGUUUUGGUGUUGCAUUAUUAGCCAAAAGGGCUAUCACCAAAUCCCAAUGGGAUGCCAAAGUUGAUACCUUGAAGAGCUGGGGUUAUUCUGAAGAUGCAAUUUUUAAUGCAUUUAAAAGGAACCCUAAGAUUAUGUUACAGUCUGCGGAUAAACUCAACGCGGUCGUGAGUUUUUGGAUCAAACAGCUUGAAUGGGAUCCUUCAGUGCUCUUGGCAGCACCAGAUCUAUUCAGUUUUAGUCUAGAGAAAAGGCUUGUUCCAAGGGCUUCAGUUGUGUGGUAUCUGUUAUCCAAAGGUUUGAUAAAAAAGAGUGCUAGCUUGUAUACACCGUUUAAUUUGUCUGAUGUGUUGUUCAUGAAAAAAUAUGUGAGUUGUUAUGAGGAAGAAGAAGCCUCUAGGCUAUUAAGGCUAUAUCAGGGGAAGGAUGCUAGCAUAUAGUGCUUGGAUAAGUUUUGAAUUCAUUUCAUUUUCUUUAAUUUACCGUGUUACAUAAUUCAUCUUUCCUUUUGGAUCCUAUCUAUCACAAUGCUUAAACUUAAACGAGGACAGGAGUUUAUGAUCUGGUUUGGUUCAUGUAGCCGACUCUACUAGGAAGAAAAAUGUCUUUACUUUUUGUAUACAAUGUGUUUUGAAAUUGGAGAGCGAUUUGGCAUAAAAUGGCAUGACUUUGCAAAAGCAAUCUUUUUAGAGGUAUGAUUCCAUUCCAUGAGAUGAUUAUGUAAUAUACUAUCUACUAGGCUUUGGGUUUUCGCUUAUAUAGCAUUGUUCUUGAAUAUCGUCAAUAGUAUGGAGUUUAUUACAUAAUUAGAAUUAUUUAUUUUCAAAAUUAGAAUAUUUGAUUAUUUUAUGGUCUGUUGGUGUUAUAGUACAAAUUUACUUGCUCUAACAUUACUAGAACAAAAUUGAAUGCCCCUUAUAACAAGUCAUAGCUCUAGGCUCAUAGUUACCUAAUAGUUUUAUCAUGAGGUUUCCCUUUUCAUGAAUAAAAAUAAUGUGAUUUCCCUAAUAGGCUCCUUGUUCUGAGUCAAAUUAGCUAAAUCUAAAAUCUCUAUGAUUGUUCUAGUGGUGAGGGAGUUGGACAGUAAGCACAGCUGGAGGUCCUAGGCAAUCUUGUCAAUAGCACGCUAUAGCACCACUAUAACGGAAUAGUGUAGCGGUGGUAGGGCUUAGGCGCAACGCUUCUGGUCCGUGAACCACUGUCAACAAUAGCAGCUGUAGCGGCCGUUAAUUGCGCCCCAAACCGCUAUCGCAGCCGCAAUUAGAUUUUUGGAUAUAAAUUUCUCAAUUUUUUUUAAAACCGUUGUCUUUUUUAAGGGAAUAAAUUACAAUCCGAACCCUUUGAAGAGUAAUGUUAUGUUUUUCCUCAAUUUUUAGUUCAGUUUUGUUUUAUUCUUCUCUGCUUAAGUUUUAUUACAAAUACCGUAGAUUCUUUAACUAUUAAGUAUGAUGAUCUCUUUAAUUUUGUGAAUUAGUCUAUUUUUUAGUAGUUUUUGUUUUCUUUAUAUACUGUUUUUUAGUCUUUAGAAAAGCGGCUAUCCCGCCAUCUGUUAUGUCGCUAUCGCAUUUUAGGGGGUCGAUGCUAAGCAACUCUAUCUGAGAUUAACAUCAUAGGUCCUAGGCUCAGACAUACUUCCAUCAUACAUGCCGAAGUAUUAGAGAUAUCUAGUGUUUCUUUUCCCUCAUUAGUUUAUCAAAGUAAACUAAGCUAAUUAUUUGAUUGAAAAUACUGUUUCAAUGUUAAUUUGUUUCUGAUUCUUUACAGUUAUUUGAUUGAAAGCACUAAGUUUUUUAUAAAAAAUGGGUGAAAAACUAAUAAUCUUCUUCAAGGUUAGAAACAGUUAAUGCCUGAAAGUGGCAGGGGAGACUUUAACUUUGUGUUGACAAAUGACAAAGAGAGUUGAUGUAAUAUAAAGUAGUCUUUUUUCUAUCUCAGUUUCACUAAACCUUUUUCACUUUUAUCAUUAGACUUUACUUUCAUUUAUAUCUGCUUCAACCACUGUCCUUCCCGCUCUCACUACUCUUUAUCUGUGUUGUUGUUGUCAUCUCAUUACCAAGACAAACAUCCUUAUUUAUGCAGUUUAAGAAUUAUGAAUGUGUCAUUUUUGUAUAUAGGAUAUUUUGUAACUCUUUACCAAUAUUUCUCGAUUUUAAGGUUGACGAUCCCAAUCUAACAGUGGUACCUCUUUUACCAUGUUUUAGUACAAAUUUUUGCCUAAACAUUUUGUUUAAAGUAUACAAAUUUAAUCACUACCAAGUAAAUUUUGUUAUGAAACUUUGUAAAGCUGUCUUAUUUUCGUUAAGCAAGUAUAGUUUGUUUUUCCUUGAAAUUGCCAUAAUUGAUUUGCAUUCACUUUCUUUUCUCUAGAUUAACUAUAUGACAAACUAUGUUUUUUAGACCAAAUAUUGGCUAGCCAACUGUUAUUUGAGUUGUUUGACCUUCUCACCUUUUUCUCCUUGGAGUAGUUAUUCUCUAUGAUAAUAUGUAGCUCAUAUUUUUCUCCAGGAAAUGGAAAUGCAUGUCAUACAACAGGCAUAUUAGCAAAUAAAACAUAUUUUUUGGUAGAAAAUGACAAUGUAUGUCAUACCAUAUAUCUGCAGGAAGCAUCAUAUUUUCCCCCAUUCUCUAAGAUGAAAAACAUAUAUUUUUGUCUCUAAUUUCACCAUAUAAAAAACUCCCUUAAGCAAAUGUAGUUCUCAAUUUACUCACUCUCACGGGUACUCAUUUGUUCCUGACAAGAAAUUAUGGAACCUUUAGUCAUUCACUUCAAACAUCCUUCAAUGAGUCAUGCCUUAUGUGCUGUCCAAAAUAAUGGUACACAUAAUGUAAGUUUCACUUUCAUUUAGUCAAUUGUAAUAUGAGGAUCUGAUCGUGGAGGUAGAAAUAUGGGAGUAAAAGCUUUGUUGGAAAUGUUGAAUUAGUGUCGAUUAAUAUUGUUGGGCCUUUUCCUUUUCUGAUCUAAAUUAACUUUGGUCAUCAUGCCAUUUUGAGAGCUAAAUUGAGUUGUUUUUUUACUGAAUAAUUAGUGCUAAAGUCUGAAGUCUACUAUCUAGCUAUUAAUGAAAUGAAAGAUGCCACCAUUCUACCUAAAAGGCCCUUCACUCUUUUAUAAUUUACAAAAUAAAAAGGGUAUAUGAGUAUUUACAUAAAGAUCAAUAUAAUCACACUCUCUAUUCAAUAAAGUGUUGACACUUGGCAAUACAAAACCAUUUUCUCAUUUCAAAUUAUAUUUUCCCUCAUUUUUCAAAUUAAAUUAAUUAUAUCUUUCACUUUCUCUAUUAAACACCCUACACACCACAAUUUUUAUUUUAAUUUUUUUGUCCCUCAAUUUUCUUUUUCCCUUUUAAUUUUUCUAACCAUAAAUAAAUUAACAAAUUAAAUCUUUUUUUAAUGAACGAAGAGGAAUACAUAAAAAUUUACUCAACCGAAAACAUAAUUAUUUUAUGAUUAUUAAAAAUUAUUCAUAAUUAUUAAAAAAUUAUUUUUAAAUGUCAAAAUUUCUACUUUACUGAUGGGCCACUAUCAGCAAAAUGUUUUUUGAUUUUAAUUAACAAUUGCCUUUAUUUGAGACACAACUUUUAUUUUCAAAUAUAACUUUUGUUCACGGGACAUUUUCAACAAAAUACUUAUUUUAUUUUAAUUAAUCAUUGCAUUUUUUGAGACACAAUUCUUAUUUUCAAAUGUGAAAAUUUUAUUUUUAUUACAGAGCACUGUCAACACGAUACCUAUUUUAUUUUAAGGUUGAGAAUAUGUGAGUGUGAGGCAAGUGAGUGUAGUUUACGGGCUUAACCCAUGCAACAGGCUGAAUAAAAUAGAGUAUAAUCUUUGUAAUUAAAAGAAGUAUUACAACUUUGCCACACAAGUGUCGCAUGAACAAUGGGAUGCCCUAGUCUAAGAUGCCCCAUGUUAGGCUAAUUAGCAUCUACACUUGUAGAAUAAGCACUAAGUACAACCUUAUUAACAUAAUAGAAGUAGACAAUAUAGUGGACUUAGCAGGAUUAGACAUGGCUAUAGGAGGUAACUCAUAAAGGUCAUCACUUCCAGCACGACCUUCUAGAAGGACAACAUCAUAUACUUGUAAUUUAACAAGGCAUUUAUCAGCAGUAUUGUUAUCUCUUGAGAAUUUAUUACACUCGUGAGGUUUUUAGUUAUGGAGGGAACACAUCUAACUAUAUUUUUUUGUUGGACACUGCAAAGACGUGUCAGAUACGUGUCAUACGCGUAUCGUACGGGUAUCCAUGUCUGAUGCGGCAACACGCCUUCUGAAUGGCGUGUCGGCGCUUCAUAGGUUGCUUGAGAUAAGCUUUCUCAGUUUGUUCAGCCAUGGUGGAAUUGUAGAGGAGAUACAUACUAAAAAAUUUCUUAGUUUUUUGUUCAAAAUAGUUUGUUGAAACUGAUAAAAUCUCUAAAUCCAAUUCUGAAUUUGAAUCUUGAAUUCAAAUUAUGAAUCUCUAAAUCCCAAAUCCAUAUUACAAAUCCAAAUUAUUUAUGCAUACAACUCAAAUCUGAAUCUUUAAAUAUGAAUUUCAAAUCCCUAAAACCCAAAUCAAAAUUUGAGAUACACGCAUAAUUACUGCAAGAAAGAAAGAUGAUGAAAAUGAAAAAGAUAGUUAAAACAGAAAAGAGAGAAUAAU